UAAAUUCAAAUUUCGUGACCACUGUAACUCACUCCGACCCUCUGCCGUCUAAAUCGCCGGCAAUUGUGCCUGCCGAUGUUUCCGCUCGUACACUCACUAACAUACAACAAACGUGUGAUGUCGAUGGGCGGCGACACCAUUUGGGUGGGGAAGAAGCCGCUGAGGAGAGUGGGGGGAAUGUCUGACGCCCUAUCCAUCGCCGCCGAUCUCGGUUUCUCAUUCGCGCCGCCGCCUUCUCAGGAGGGUAUUCAGAAUUUAUCUGCUGUAAAAGGGGAUGAUUUGAUAAGGAUAUUGAGAGAAUUGACUGUUAUUCAGAGAAAAAUAGCGGAUAUGCAAGUUGAACUUCAAGGCAGAAAGGAAGACAAGAAUGUGGCUCAUUUGACGCAUGUAAGUGAAAUGGAGAAGAAGAUGGAGACUUUAACUCGAAUCACGUCUAUUUUGAAAGAUGUUAUUCAGAACAAGAAACAAUUUUCAGAAUUAUUAAUGAAGGGAGCAAGUGAUUAUGGGGCCUUAACAGCUUCUGUUGCUGAUAUUCAGUGGAGCCAAAAUUUUAAAGAACCACCUACAGUAUGGGGGGAAAUGCUCCGUCCAAUUCCUGUUGCUUUGGCAUCUUGCACCCGAUUCUUUGAAGCGAUGACUGCAAUGAGGGAGUCAUUCGCCAAACUUCAGACCCUAAGAGUCGGCCAUUCUUCUCAGAGAGCAAUGACAGAAUCCGACUGUGUGACACCUCCAGCAUGGAGAAAUGAAUCAAGUUUGGAUGUUUAAGCUGUUGGAAGGGCGGGUAGCGAAUGACAGGAAGGGGACGAUGCAAGCUGUGAGGCCAGCGAAGAUGGAACCCUGUAACAGAAGAUUGUGAUGGUGCCUCCUUCUGCUAGAAACAGUGGUGCCUGUAUAAAUUAUAACUCUGCUAACAUGGAGUAGUAUGCUUUUUUUCCUUGCUGUGUGAUUUGUGUAGAUGAUAUAUAACUUUUUGUGCCAACGAAUCUCCAUUUACUUUUUUUUUCUUUUUGUCAUUGUAAAUGUGUAUGUAUUGCGAUGGUUAUUUUGCAGGCCCCGCUUGAAAGAUAGCCGGGUCUAAUUUUUGGUAGCACAUUUGAAUGGGAAUAAAAUGUUAUUCUAUCGAUAUUA